GCUCUAAGAUGUGCUGCAAUCCCGGAGGCUGCUGCAAUCUGCCCACUUGCAUCCAGUGCACCAACUUCUGUUUCAAUUGCUGGACUGGAACUGCUGCAGUGCCAUGUUGCCGAAGAAGCUGUAUUCCGGGAUGCUGUGGCAGUCCUGGGUGCCGCUGUUAAAAAACAAUAUAAAUUCUAAAAUAUAAAAAAUGGUUUAUAUUGUA